AUACUGACUGAAUACAUAAAUAAUAACAAUAAUAAUGAAUUUAAAUUCUGUUUUUCGCGUAACGUUACCGAAACACAAAGAUGAAAACGAACAAAGAAUAAUCACCCCAAAUAUAAACAACUUGUGGAAAUCAGCUCCCCAGAAAAUAUGUCAUUGAAAAAUCAAAUCAAACCAAUGCGUAAUGUUCCGUGGACGAUAUUGCAUGCCUGUUUGAAAGAAGAACUGAAUGGUUUGUCGUAUGGGACGUUUAAGGGGUGAAGUAUCAUGGGUGUUAUAUUUUCGGGUUAUACCCAAUUAUUUAUUGAUACAAAAGUAAUGCUGUCCUUAAAUUGUGAUCGAUAGCUUAUACGUACACACUAAUAUUCUUUGUCGAGAAAUAAUAAUUUAAAACGAAGACAUAAACCUUGGUUUCCGUCAGCACAUCUGCCUCACAGUUGUGAGGUUGCGGGUUCAAAUCCCUGCGAUUGGCUGGCGACCGGUUCAGGGUGUAUCCCGCCCCUCGCCCGGAGUCAGCUGGGCUAGGCCCCGGCACGCCCGCGACCCGCGCGAGGAGAAGCCCUACGGAAAAUGGACGGAUGUGUGUUUUCCACCGCGAACGAAGAUGAAUCCCUCUUGCUAAAACGACGUGGCGUAAUAGGCUCUCCUCCAGAAGAAAUCGCGAGAAAAAUGUCGUUGCGAGGUGGAACGACAUUGUUGCGUAAAACGGUUUUACAAUGACUACAUUUGAAGAUGAAAUGGACAGCCGGUCGUUUGGCGCUCACAAUAAAACGAGCAGGAACGCGCAGGGUGGCGAAGCAUCUCGCUUCCUUCUCUCGCCAAUUUCCGUCCUGGCGCCGCGAAGAUUCAAAAACAAAAUGGCGACGGGCGGCAAGUGUCCAACGCACAGCGUGCAAAGUGUCAACAGGACGUUCGAAACGUAUAAAGCGGACUCGUCCGUCGUCGAGGAGAGGCUGUUGCAACUCAAGGUGGACGACGACGACGCCGACGGCCCGAUGGUGUUCACUUGCGGAAAGUGCAAGUUGCCCGUCGGGGAUUCGUUGUCGUGGGACGGCAGCGAAGACGCCCAAAAUCAAAUUCAGCUCAAGCGGGUCUCGGACAACGUGCUGAUGGCGAAGGACGCUCGUCUGCACGAAGCCUGCAAAGGUUCUCUGUGUCUGGUCGUGGGAUUGGUGUGUGGCGGAUGCCGCUCGACCCUCGGGAUGGUCUACAAAUCCACGCCCAAGAACUUGGACCACAAGAGAUACAAGUUCUGCUUCGACGUGGCCCACAUCGACAGUUACGUGCUGGGCUCGGCGAGCACGACGUUGUCAGCGGAGGACGGCGAGGAGCGGCCGGUGACUCUGGAGUACCGAGGCCAAGUCGAGCGCCAGCUCGCUGAGAUGAAGCUGCUGGUGGUGUCGAUGGCGCGACAUGUGGAGGAGCUGGAGAGCGCCGUUCGGGACAAGGCCUGAGCGCGUCAGACAAAAGGCUCGCUCGCGCCUCCUCCUCCUCCUCGAGGCGAAAUUGGCGCCGUCAGCAGUUCGGGCAUCGAUCGGGACGCCUUUCGUCGGCCUCCUCCGCCGUGCUUGUUUGUGUGUUUGUGCUCAUGCUGUUCAUUGUUCGGUUGUGUUCGCAGUUAAGCAAAUAAAAUGUUUUUUCACAUCA